AUGGAGCCGUCCAGUGCAGACAUCACACAUGUCAACGAUGUCUGUGCUCCGACCACUCACAUGACAAAUGCCUCUCAGACUGAGAUCAGGGUCGAGUAUCUGAAGCACAAGUGGACUGUGAAGAACUUUUCCCAUUGCUAUCAGGAAUACUUGGAGAACUUUGUACAUUUGCAACGUAACAACGACGAAACAUUGACAUGGUCGAUCAAGAUCUACCCCAAAGGCAAUGGGGAGAACAACAAAGACUUUGUGUUUCUGUGCCUGAAUCGUGUGAAUGGAGGCAACAAGAACAAGGCAGGCUUCAGGUCUAGGUUCUUCCUCAAGAACUGUGAUGGCAAAGACAUCGAAAUGAGGGUUCAUCCCAAUCCGUCGCAUUCGGAUUAUGUCUCGUACAUUAAAAGAGACGUCUUGUUCCCACAAAUUCACCCAUCUGACAGCAUCACGGUGUAUGUUGAGAUUGAUGUAGCCGUGGAGACAAUAACUACAUACACAGAGGAUCAAACAGCAGCUAAACAAGUACGAUUAAAACAAUAUUAAAAACAUAAUCUAAAUGUAACGACUAACAUCUGCCGUUUUAGGCUUGCGAAUGUGAACGCCCCUUAGGGGAAGACUACUUAAAACUCCUCAAUGACGAUCUUCACACUGAUUUCCUUAUCAGAGUAGACGGUCGAGACAUUCCAGUACACAAGGCGGUGCUGUCUGCCCGAUCUCCUGUCUUCUCGGCCAUGUUGCAACACAGAGACACAAACGAGGCCAGAACUGUAAGGUGUUGUGGAUAAUAUAUUGUGAUUUUAGGGUGUGUUGUGUAUCGAAGACGUUGAUUACGGAGUCAUGAAGGAGAUGUUGCACUUUAUUUACAGCGGAAUUUGUACUUCUGACAUGAAUGAUAUGGCUUCCGAUCUGUUGAUCGCCGCCGAUAAGUACAGGUUUGUUUGUUUACUUGGGUAUCCAUAAGACUCCUAAAGCUUUCCACGAUUCGUCUCAACUAUUUUAUACUGUACACAAGACCGGACUGUUAGUGUCCUUACUGUAAUAUUAAAACUACUUCAGGUUGGAUGACUUAAAAAGCCAUUGCGAAAAGAUUCUGAUCCAAAUACUAUCACAAGAGAACUGCUGUCAGUUGUUGAUUAUAUCGGACAUGUACCAUGCCGACAACCUGCGGCGGAAAGCAGUCCAGUUUGUUCAUAAGUUCCCAAUCGAAACGACCAAAACCGUGGGUUGGGAAGCGGUCCUAAAGGACCACUCGCAUCUAGUCACCGAAAUCGUAAGGAGCUUCGACAGGUCUUCGGACGCCGAGUCCUGCACGGCACUGUCCGGCCUCCUAUCGCCCCAAUAA